ACAAUAACCAGAUAAUUUAUUGCAUAAAAAACACUCCAGCUAGAUUAACUCCGCCACCAGAACAAACCCACGCGCCACUCCUCCCACAAAAACUGACUUAUCACACACCAUCUAUUCACUCUCACAUCAAAUCAUUUCAAACCCUUUUGGUUUCUGAAUUUACUCCGAAAUUAUCAGAGUUUCUGAUAAAUCUGCGUUUAAGUGUUGAUUUAAUCAGUAUUUAUUGGAAGGAAUCCCGAAUCCGAAUCCGAUUCCGAUUCCGGAAUCCGAAUUCGUUCUUCAUCAUUGCCGGAUCAUCAAAGACAGAUUUGUACAGUAUGCGCGCAUUGGUGCAUAAAUUACUCAAUCUUAGAUUGUUUAUUUUGUAAUGCAAUCACUGAUUGAGAGUGGCAAAAAGAAGAAUCUCAAACGUUCGUGGUUCGAAAUGCCUGUAACUGACACAACUGUUGCAAAUGCGCUGGACAAUUGCACUAUAUUUCCUGUUGAAGAGAUAGCACAGCAUCCUUUACCAGGUUAUGGAGUGCCAACUGCAAUUAGUUUUAGCCUCGAUGAUUGUCUCAUAGCAUACUUGUUCAGUCAGGAUCAGACUUUGAACAGGAACUUGUUUGUAUUUGAUCCCAAGAGUGGGAAACAUGACCUGUUCUUUAGUCCACCAGAUGGUGGUCUUGAUGAAAACAAUGUAUCUGCUGAGGAGAAAUUGAGACGGGAGAGGUUAAGAGAGCGAGGCUUGGGAGUGACACGCUAUGAAUGGGUAAAGACCAGCCCAAGGAGAAAAAGACUUAUUGUGCCUUUACCAGCUGGGAUCUAUAGUCAGGAAAAUGAUGACAAGACUGAACUCCUGAUCCCAAGUGCCUCUGGUUCGCCGAUUAUAGACCCACAUCUCUCUCCAGAUGGAACCAGACUUGCCUAUGUGAGGGAUAAUGAGCUUCACGUGUCUAGCCUUCUAUACAAUGUGUCAAAGCAAUUGACUGUGGGCGCCAAUGAGAAUGCUAUAACACAUGGGCUUGCUGAGUUCAUUGCACAGGAGGAAAUGGAUCGGAAGAAUGGUUACUGGUGGUCAUUAGAUAGCAAAUUUAUUGCAUUUACUGAGGUUGAUUCAUCGGAGGUACCUCUCUAUAGGAUCAUGCACCAAGGCAAAAGUUCAGUGGGCUCCGAUGCACAGGAAGAUCAUGCAUACCCUUUUGCUGGCGGUCCAAAUGUGAAAGUCCGCUUGGGAGUUGUUCCUGCCACUGGUGGACCAGUUAGUUGGAUGGAUCUUCUCUGCGGAGGAGAGCAGGCGGAAGAUGAAGAAUAUUUGGCAAGAGUCAAUUGGAUGCACGGAAACAUUCUUACUGCUCAGGUGUUGAAUCGAACUCAGUCUAAAUUGAAGAUCCUCAAGUUUGAUAUCAAAACUGGGCAGAGGGAAGUAAUUUUGCAAGAAGAUAGUGAAACUUGGAUAAAUUUGCAUGAUUGUUUCACCCCUUUAGACAAAUUACCUCAUCGGUCAUCUGGAGGAUUCAUUUGGGCAAGCGAAAAAACGGGAUUCAGACAUUUAUAUUUGUACGAUUCUGAUGGUGUGUGUUUAGGACCUAUUACUCAAGGUGAUUGGAUGGUUGAGCAUGUUGCUGGUGUAAAUGAGGCUACUGAAAUUGUGUAUUUCACUGGAACCCUGGAUGGUCCUUUGGAAUCACAUCUUUAUCGAACGGAGUUGUUCCCAGAUGCGAGCGGUUCCUUGCAGACUCCCCUAAGAUUAACCCAUGGAAAGGGAAAACAUGGUGUUGUGCUUGAUCAUCAGUUGCAAAGGUUUGUGGAUAUCUACGAUUCCCUAGGUUCGCCUCCCAAAAUAACGCUACACUCGUUGCAGGACGGAAGCUUCAUUGCUUCUGUUUAUGAGCAGCCCAUCCACAUUCCCAGGUUUAAGGAACUCGCACUUGUGCCUCCUGAAAUAGUUCAAGUGAAGGCUAAGGAUGGAACCACCUUGUACGGGGCACUAUAUAAACCCGAUACUGCAAGAUUCGGACCACCACCUUACAAGACAAUGGUUCACGUGUAUGGUGGUCCCAGCGUACAGCUAGUCUGUGAUUCUUGGAUAAACACUGUCGACAUGAGAGCUCAGUAUCUCAGUAGUAAAGGCAUAUUAGUUUGGAAGAUGGAUAAUAGAGGAACUGCUCGACGCGGGCUCAAGUUUGCAGGUGCGCUCAAGUACAAAUGUGGCCAGAUUGAUGCUGAGGAUCAACUCACUGGAGCCGAGUGGCUCAUCAAGCAAGGGUUAGCUAAAGACGGCCAUAUUGGACUGUACGGAUGGAGUUAUGGUGGAUAUCUCUCAGCAAUGGCACUGGCAAAGUUCCCCGAAGUAUUCAAAUGUGCAGUUUCAGGUGCUCCUGUGACAUCAUGGGAUGGAUACGACACAUUCUAUACAGAAAAGUACAUGGGAAUGCCCUCUGAAAAUGAAUCAGCCUAUUUACAAAGUUCUGUUAUGCAUCACAUUGACAACAUGGAAGGGAAGCUGCUCCUGGUGCAUGGGAUGAUCGAUGAAAAUGUGCAUUUCAGACACACCGCGAGGCUUGUCAACACACUUGUGGCUGCCAGGAAGCCUUAUGAGCUGUUGAUCUUCCCAGACGAGCGCCACAUGCCUCGUGGAAACAGGGACCGUGUAUACAUGGAGGAGAGGAUCUGGGAUUUCAUCGAACGGAGUUUGUAGGCAUAUCUCAUUCAGCAUUUGCAUCAGAAAUGAAACUGCUUUGUUGUCCAGGAAAUUCAGGUUUGUCGAUUUGACUGAGCUCGUUGAAGAUUGAAUGUGAAAUAAAAAUCUGGUGGUGUACAUAGUUGAUGAAGUCUGGGAAGAGAAAUAGUUUCAUUUUAUAUCUACAAGGACAAGAAACACAUAAUAAUAUUUAAAAUAACUGGCGAUCCAAGAAAUUGUAGAGUUGGACACUAUAUGUAAUUUGACAAAGACAUGCUAUAGGGAUGUAUGCACUCACCCAAACUUGCAGCUUUUUCUUUGAGCUUAACUUUUUCUCGCUUUGAAUAUUUUGUUUCAA